CUCGCUCCUUCCAGCUUGGACUACACUACCAACAAACACCAUGUGCCACAGCGUGUGCUGCUCCAGUGGAUCCUGCUCUGUUGUGAAGAGCAAGACGGUGUGCUGCAGCCCCUGCCAGAAGACAGUCUGCUGUGAUCCGUGCCAGAAGACAGUCUGCUGUGAUCCGUGCCAGAAAACUGUCUGCUGUGAGAAGACUGUCUGCUGUGACCCGUGUCAGAAGCCUUGCUGUGACCCGUGCCAGACUUGCUGCGACCCAUGCCAGAAGCCUUACUGUGACCCAUGCCAGACUUGCUGUGACCCGUGCCAGAAGCCAUGCUGUGACCCAUGCCAGACCUGCUGUGACCCAUGCCAGAAGCCUUGCUGUGACCCGUGCCAGACUUGCUGUGACCCAUGCCAAAAGCGAUGCUGUGACCCGUGCCAGACUUGCUGUGAUCCAUGCCAGAAGCCAUGCUGUGACCCGUGCCAGACUUGCUGUGAUCCAUGCCAGAAGACUGUCUGCUGUGAUCCGUGCCAGAAGCCAUGCUGUGACCCGUGCCAGACUUGCUGUGACCCAUGCCAGAAGCCAUGCUGUGACCCAUGCCAGACUUGCAGUGACCCGUGCCAGAAGCCAUGCAGUGACCCGUGCCAGACUUGCUGUGACCCAUGCCAGAAGCCAUGCUGUGACCCAUGCCAGACUUGCUGUGACCCGUGCCAGAAGACUGUCUGCUGUGACCCAUGCCAGAAGCCAUGCAGUGACCCGUGCCAGACUUGCUGUGACCCGUGCCAGAAGUCUGUCUGCUGUGACCCGUGCCAGACUUGCUGUGACCCAUGCCAGAAGCCAUGCUGUGACCCGUGCCAGACUUGCUGUGACCCGUGCCAGAAGACUGUCUGCUGUGACCCGUGCCAGAAGACUGUCUGCUGUGACCCAUGCCAGCAGUCCGUUUGCUGUGAUCCGUGCCAGAAGCCCUGCUACAGCUGCUGUAGCCAGCAGUGCCUGCAGACCUGCUGCCGCCCCUGCUGCUGCUCCGGCCGCCUGUCCUGCUGCUCCUACGUGGUGAAGAAGAAGCCCGUUGUGGUGUGCUGCAGCCCCGUGCAGUACUGCUCCCCGCUGAGGAAGUGCUGCGUGCCCGUCAAGCAGUGCUGCACCACUGUCAAGAAGUGCUACUGAACCUGCCCUGCAUAGGAGAAACAGCUCUGCCCACAGCCAUCUCUGGUGUGCAAGAACAGGCACGAGGGGAUGGAGACCUGACCUUCCUUCUGUUUCACACGACGACGGAGUACAUGCCUAGCGAUUCUCUUCUAGUUUCCAAAAUUAAGCUGUCAUCUUCCUUCUUUCACCCUGUCUUUUAAUUAUCAAAGAUCUGCAAUGCACUUGGAUAUGUCACCCAUUGCACAAGGCAUGAAGAUCUUAUAUAUUCAUUCUCUUCUUGGUGUAUGGGACAUGGGAAACAUUUUCUGUUAGUGUGGUCAUUCUGUAUUUUCUCUCUUGACUUGUAGACAAUAAAACUUAGC